AGACAGACAGACAGACAGACAGACAGCGAGACAGACAGACAGCGAGACAGACAGACAGACUGCCAGACAGACAGACAGACAGACAGACCAGACAGACAGACACCCCCGCACAGUUUCCGUGAAAUGCCCAAUUGGAGUCUGGGUGACGUAUCAUCGUCAUUAGGUAGUGUUGUGACGUUGUGUGGCUCGAGCAGUAGUGGUUUCUAACUGUAGCUUGUUGAUGGUCGGUAGAACCGAAGGAAGAGAAGCCGAAACGACCUCAUUCAGGAAGCAGACAGAGACUUAGACGCAACAAUCUGAACAGAAACACUGCAGUCUCCACCAUGUACCUUUCUGAACACCAGCAGAUGUGGAACAUUUGAAAAGAUACUAACAAAACCUACAUAGACUACUCAACGGGGGACGAAUAGAUCCAACGAAGGUGGUCGUGGAAAGACUCAUCCGUAGCUCUAACUCUGACAUGGCCAGUACUCAGACGAGUCUGAAAACCCCAUUCAAAGACCUGACCUCGUUCAAGGGCAACAUGAAGCAGCUGUACCGUGAGAGAAUAGAAGACGUGCCCAUUAAGAAGAGGCUGAUGGCUGAGAUGAACCUGAAGCGCCGAAGCCUGGACCCUCUGCCCCCCUUGCCCUGGACCCCCAAGGUAAAGAGGGAGGCUGGGGAGGAGCAGACCCAGGACCGGGAGGUGGAUCCAGGCAUGACUAGAUCAAUAGAGAUGGACAGUAGGGGGGAGUUCCAGGUAUGUGGAGCGAAAGCUUUAGACCUGAGCCCUGGGCUGAAACACACGCUGGCAGCCUUCACUCUCAGCAGCGCGCGCUCUCUGGGGGGCCCAGCAGCCUUCUCAGCCCGCUCUGGCCACGAAGCAUCCUCCUCCCCCGGCCCUGAUUCCUAUCCUGGCAUGGCACCUCUACCCUCCCCUCCUGUGCUGGGAGGUAUACCCCUGCUGGUGCCCAGUGACAGCUCCACGGAACUCAGCCACUCCCUUCUCGAGGGAGAAUCCAUCUCGUGCUUUGCCGUCGGCGGGGAGAAGCGCCUCUGCCUCCCCCAGGUGCUGAACUCAGUUCUCCGCCACUUCUCCUUGCAGCAGAUCAAUUCGGUGUGCGACGAGCUCUAUGUGUACUGCUCGCGCUGCGACGGGGAACAGCUCCACAUACUCAAGGUGCUGGGUAUUUUACCCUUCAAUGCUCCGUCCUGCGGCCUCAUCACCUUAACUGACGCCCAACGCCUCUGUAACGCCCUGCUCCGCCCGGGGGCUGUGCUCCCCUCCGAACCCAUCACUAAGCUACCCGGCCAGGAGCUCCUCAAGGAGACUGAGGCCAGCUUCCAGGUGGAGCACCAGUGUCUGGGGAAAUGCCAGGGUCUGUUCGUUCCCCAAUUCUACGCCAAGCCCGAGUCGCCCUGUAUUCAGUGCGUGGAAUGCCAGCUGCUCUUCUCUCCGCAGAAGUUUGUGAUGCACUCUCACAAGUCGCCGGACAAGAGGACCUGUCACUGGGGCUUUGACUCGGCCAAAUGGCCGUGCUACCUGCAGCUGGGGAGGAAGUACCUGGGAACGGCAGAGGAGCCGCAUCUCAAACAGCUGUUGGAGGACAUGAAGGACAAGUUCCACUACAACCGAACCAGCGACAAAAAGGUGGUAGAAGAGGACGGCGAGGUGAGGAGAUCGUCUCCUCCAGAGCCUCUAGUGUCUCGUAACAGUAAACUAGCCGACAACGACGCAGGGACCAAGGUUCAAGCCCAGGCUACUCUGGUGUUCCCCCACAUCAAGGAAGAGCCCAGUCACCCCAGUUACUACCUGUAUACAUAUGACAAGAUGGUGGCUCCUAAUGUGUCUCUGAGGGAUCAGCCGGAGGUCAGCUCUGAGGUUCUGGGUGUGCUGCUCAAACACCACUACAGUAGGAGACUGGCCCACGGCCACCAAGACACUGCUAUGGGUCAGUACCACACACACACACAUCUCCAUGCCUCUCCCCCUGCUCCUUCCGUUGUCAACGACGCCAAGUCUCAGCAGCACGUUGUUCCUAAUGCCGACCGGGACCGGCAGCAGCCAGUUUCCAUGGAGACCAUCCCCGGCAACAAGAGUUCUUCUGCUGUAGCGAUGACCGCGUCGGUAGCGGCGCUGGGGAGUAAAGAUGUCCUGUCUUCUGUCUGUGAGGACGACAAGGAAAGGAUCGUAGUGGAGAUCGUUCAGAUGUACAGCAGACAGCAGGAGAAGCUGCAUUCCACCCUGCACAACCAGCUGCAGCUAGAGAUGGAGUUGGAGGCGCUGCGUGGAGGCGAGGCUGUCAGGCUGCAGCAGCUGGCAGCAGAGCAGUGUGAGCUUCAGAGUGAGCUGGAGGCGGUGCACACUGAGCAUGCCCACAGGCUGGGGCAGGUGAGGGAGGAGCAGAGGGAGUUGGAGCACAGACUGGAACAGCUGAGGCAGCAGAGCUGUGUUUGUGACAACACACACCAGGAGGAACACUAUGCUAAGCAGCUGGCAGAGCUGCGUGGGAGGUUGGAUGGUGCGGAGGCUGACCGGGAUAAGCUCCAGGAAGAGUUGAGGGGUGAGCGGGAUGCCCGGGAGAAGCUGGAGAGAAUCAUCUCUCAGCUCCAACAGCAGAUGGGCCAGACGGCCUCCACCUCGGCCUCCUUCGUCGCUACAGGGAGCCCCUCUCCGCCCCCCACCCCCUCCUCUCACACCCCCCACACAGAGGGACACACCGCAGACCCCGCCGAGCAGCCGAACGGUCAUGCUCAUAAGUAGAGGAACUUAAGAAAUGCCCCUUCUGUCUCUCACCUCUGUUCGAUUCCUGCGACUCCCUCCCUUCAUCCCUCACCCCCCUGCUGGGAGAGACGGCAGCCCUUCAGACACAAACAACUCCCUCACCAUGUCUACCCUCUUCUCCCCCAGGCUGCUUCUCUCAUGUCGAUUAUGGUAGCCCCCCGUACCUCUCUGAUUCAGAGGGGUUGGGUUAAAUGGGGAAACAUUUCAGUUGAAUGCAUUCAGUUUUACAACUGACUAGAUAUCCCCCUUUCCUCUGUGUCCUUUCUCCCUCCCUCCUCCUCUUUAGUUUUUUGGAUAAGGAUUUCUGUUUGUUUAUUAAUUUAACACCAAAUUAGUUUAAUGUGUUGGUUUACCCCCGCCCCCUGUCCGUAAACAGUAUUUCAACUUUUUGGGGAUGUAUAUGUUUGUUUUUAAUUUAUAGUUUUACUGAACGAACAAACGACUGCUUGGCAGACCGAUAGGAGUAGGGUGUUUAAGGACACUCUCCUCCCAUCCUCUCCUCCUUCCCUCCCGUCCUCUCCUCCCAUCCUCUCCUCCUUCCCUCGCAUCCUCUCCUCCCAUCCUCUCCUCCUUCCCUCCCAUCCUCUCCUCCCAUCCUCUCC